CGGCACAGUUUAAUUAAGAGCACAGCAAUGACGGGAACACUUCCAGCCACCUUCGUGAAGGGCUUCCACAAUGAGGAUCUGGUUCGUCGAAUGGAAUACCGCAAGUUAGGCGGCACCGGUCUAAAAGUGUCAACACUUGCGCUAGGUGGCGCCACACUAAGCGCUCUCUUUGACAAAAAGUUCGAUCAGGAAGAGGGCAUUAAAACCGUGCAGGAGGCAAUUAAAUCUGGCAUUAACUACAUCGAUACAGCGCCUUUCUACGGCCAGGGGGAGUCGGAGCGGCUGCUCGGCAAGGCGCUCAAGGAUGUGCCCCGGGAGGCGUACUAUAUAGCCACUAAGGUGGCACGCUACGAAAUGGAUCCCGAUAACAUGUUCGAUUUUACGGCUGCCAAGACGCGUGAGAGUGUAAAGAAGAGCCUGGAUCGACUUGGUUUGAGGUAUGUGGAUGUGUUGCAGGUGCAUGAUGUGGAUGCUGCACCCAGUCUGGAUAUGGUGAUUAAUGAGACCAUUCCCGUGCUUGAGGAGUAUGUGAAGGCUGGCAAGGCGCGAUUUAUUGGUAUCACUGCCUAUGAUGUGGAUGCACUUAAGGAAUGCGCUGAGCGAUCCAAGGGACGUGUCCACAUGGUGCUCUCCUAUGCCCGCUACACGCUCCUCGACAACACCUUGUUGCGGCAUAUGAAAACCUUCAAGGAGCUAAAUGUGGGCGUCAUCUGUGCCGCAGCCCAUGCAUUGGGUCUGCUCUCGAAUGCCGGUCCACAAGCCUGGCAUCCCGGCAGCGACGACCUGAAAUCGUUGGGACGACAAGCCGCCGAUAUAUGUAAGAGACGUAACGUGGAGCUGGGCAAAUUAGCCAUGUAUUACACGAUGCAGCUGGAGAAUGCUUCCACCUUCUUAAUUGGUAUACCCAAUCGACACUUGCUGAAGCUCAACCUGUCUGUGGUCUUGAACGGAUUGACUGCCGCUGAACAGGAAGUGCUGCAAUAUCUGCGCGAAAAUGUUUUUAAGCGAUCCUACAGCUGGGGAUCCACUCUAUCGACGGUUGGAGACUUUAAAUAACUCAAAAGCCAUGGAUUUGCAAUGGAAACAAGUCGGAGUUAAUGUCAAUCUAACAAUAUAAUCUAUUUAAGAAAUAUCGACCUUUAUGUUUACUUUUAUUAAACAUAUAUAGUACAUUUAUCAAAAUCUA